GCUUAUUCAUCAUAUCUUGUUCGAAUUUUCCCGUUCCACCUUAAAUGAUGGAGCAGCCCGAUUCUGGCACUUCCACACACCGCAUAUGCUGCGGCGUUUAAGGUGGAGCGGAUGAUUCGACUAAGUAGCCAACCUCGCCCUCGUGAUUCAGAGGUAUUUCAGUUUCGAAAUUGAAGCCAUCUUCUUGUUCUGAGGCGUCAAAAUGUAACUUAACUGCUGCACCGUUUAAGGUAGAACCGAAGAAUUCGAAUAGGAAGCCAACUUCAGCCCGGCUGAACGCUCUCCUGAGGAGAAACUGGGAGGAGUUUAAGUGCCAUAACAGGAGAUCACACCUCCAUGUUUUUGAGAAGUGGUGAAACUUUGCUGAAGUGAGUCUGUUGUUGUCUGAAGUCUGAGGGAAACUUCUCCGCCGCUUUGUUUGCCUACUUUCACGCUUGGAGAGCUUCUUGAAAUCUCGACGGCUGCUGUCGUCUCUGCUCCGCUGGAUCUUAAAGCCCGACUGGUUUGCAGGCUGGAGGAGAAAACGAGCGAAGCGGAAUGAAAGUCUUCGGUAGUCCAGCCUCGGAUUUAGCCCUCAGUUUAAGGAGUGAGUUAGUGGGAAGUUUAACUUGAGCAAAUCUCGCCAGGAAGACUCGUCACGUGUGUUUGUUCUCCUUGUGUGGAGAAAGUAUGGCGGAUGGGAACCAGACCGAAGUGUAUGUUUACGAGCAGGUUGUUAUUCUCCUGUCGUGCGUGCUCUCGUUUUUAGGGUCACUCGUAAUCAUAUGCACGUACGCCACAUGGGGGGACCUCAGAACGACCCCCAGAAAACUCCUAGUGUUCCUGUCUGUGGCAGACCUGCUCUCUGCUCUCUCCUACUUUUAUGGAGUUUUGAAGGUUUUUAACUCCAACACGCAGGAUUGCAUUGCGCAGGGAGCAAUAUCCACUUUUGCUAACACCAGUUCUUUCUUCUGGACAGUGGCCAUUGCCAUUUACUUAUACAUAUUCAUCGUGAAGUCCAGUCAGAGGCUGGCUGACAGCUUGGUGUUGUAUUUUCAUCUGAUCAGCUGGGGUGUUCCUCUGUCCAUCACAGUAGCAGCUCUGGCCCUGCAGAAAAUUGGCUACGAUGCAUCUGAGGUUUCUGUAGGCUGGUGCUGGGUAAGCAUUCAGGAAGAAGAUCAUGUGCUGUGGAUGUUGCUGACAGGCAAGAUAUGGGAGUUCCUCGCAUAUGUCACCCUGCCCGUCCUUUACAUCCUCAUCAAGAGGCACAUCCACAAAGCACAUGAGGCCCUUUCAGAAUACCGGCCCAUCUUGGCCACUAGCCCCACGUCCCAAUCGCUGUCCACAAUGGCGGACAGAAAGCUCACCCUCAUUCCCAUCAUCUUCAUCGUCCUGCGCAUCUGGAGCACCAUCCGCUUCCUGCUUAUGCUCGCCAACUCACCUGCCAGACAGAACCCUGUGCUUGUUACUUUACAUGGAAUCGGGAACACUUUUCAGGGAGCUGCGAACUGCAUCAUGUUUGUGCUGUGCACUCGGCCAGUGCGCGCAAGACUGGUCGCUCUGCUCUGCUGCCGAGACCGCGGAACCCAGAGCAGCUCGGACACGCUGUCCCAGCGCACGGCCCAUACUAACACGGACAGGGCCAACAGCCCCCGCGCCUGGGAGAAGGAGGUUGAAGAAGAGGAUUAAACUUUAAAACAGAAGCCCCUUUGCCUCAUUGACCUUCACUGCCUCGGCCAGAAUGCUACACUUAACCGAGCGGAGCACUCCGUUAAGACAGUGCCCUUUUGCAGUGGAGGUGCUGAUCUGUGGAGUGAUGACAUCAGUUCUUUGUGCUUGCAGGGGGGAGAGAGAGUGCGAGCGAGUUUGCAGGUGAACGUAUGAAUCUGUGUGUAAGGAGUGCCAAAGACUCCAGCUCUCCUUUCAUUUUAGCAAGUGCCUUCGAGGAUUAAAGAAGACUGCAGUCACAUGCUUCAGGCCCCAGAGCCCAAGUGCACUUUAUAUUAGCGACGUAGCUCUGCACUUUAAGAGAGAGCAACUCCACUGUGUUUUGUACGCUGCUAUGCUGCUGGCACAGAUGUGUUUUUCCUGUUCAUUUUCUGUGGAAAUGAAAUCUCUGGCUCAGGGACACAAGGAUUCAGAGGUCAUUCAUAAUUUAGUGACCAAAACACCAAAUGUGCUGUAAAGUCUUUGUUUACACACUGCAUCAUUUUCAUCACUUUCCCUUACUGUGCACAUUUUUCUUGUAUGCAAGGCUGCGUACAGCGGAAAGGUGUUAUAUUUUCAGUAAGGUUGGAUGUGCAGCACGUCUUCAUUUUUAACGGCCCAUAUCCUACAUUUUUCUAGUAUUUAUUUUUUUCACAUUUAUGGUCCAUUUAUGACAUUUAUUUGUGCUUAUGUACCAAAACCAAUCAUAAUUUAUAAUGACAUCUAUCAAAAACAGCUGUUUUUGUUAUUGUGCCUUUAGACAUAUUACAUAUAUAUCUUUCCCUCCACAAAAAUUGGCACCCUGAUAAUCAUGAGCAAAAUGAGCUGUACAAAAUAUUCUUUCUCUUUCAUUUUUGAUCUUUCAUUCAAAAUAUUAGCAAAUUCUAACCUUUAUCUAAGGUGUAAUGAUUGAAAAAAAACUAAAUCUUGUCAUGAAAAUAUUUUUCUUAAAUGAGUGUGUCCAACAAUUACCCCUAGAAAUUCUUAAGAGUGAAAUGUAACUGAAGUAUAUUCCCAUUCAUAUUUUGUGUUUUACAGUUAUUAAAAACAGGGAAUAUAUAUGAGAUGAAACACAGGCCAAAUUCCUUCAGUCAUCCAUCAUUAUGAGAAAGACCAGAGGAUACAGCAGUGAUCUGCGACAAAAGGUUGUUGAGCUGCAUAAAUUAGAAAUGACUGCAAGAAAAUAGCUAAACAGUUGGAAAUGCCCAUAGGUCUUGAGGUCAGAACGUCAAACACCAACUAUAUGACCACAAGUUGUUUGGGGGGUUGCCGGAAGAAAGCAUUCGCUGUAAAGAAGCCAGCCAGGAAGCUCAAACUCGGCCAUAGUUUGGAUCUUCCAGCAGGACAGUGAUCCAAAGCAGACCUCAAAAUCAACAUCAAAAUGCUUCAGUGACCACAGAAUGAAGAUUUUGCCAUGGUCACUCCAGUCCCCUAAGACCUAAACCUCAUCUACAGCAUCCACAGUGUAGACCUCAGGAUCUGAAGGAUUCUAUAUGGAGGAAUGGGCUCAGAUUCUUUGCCAUGUGUUCUCCAGUCUCAUUAAGCUUUUAUAGGCAAAGACUCAGAGCUGUUACCUUUACAGAGGAAGGCUGCACAAAGUAUUAAAUAAAGGGGUGCCAAUAAUUAUGGCACAGAUUUAAGAAAAAUAUUUAUUUCCUGAUAAGAUUUAGUUUUUUUUUCAAUCAUUGUACUUCAAAAAAGUUGAAUGAAAGCUCAACAGAAUAAGCAAUAACGAAUGUUUUUACAGCCUGUUUUGCUCAUGUUUACCAGGGGUGCCAAUAUUUGUGGAGAACACUGUAUAUGAUUCGCUCUUUUCUGAUUGGCUGCCCUAUAUUGUGCUUUAUUUAAAAAGCAGUCUGGAAUGAAACACUCCUUAUAACUUCAAUGUGAAUGGGCUAAUCGGUUGUAGGCUGAAUGCAUGUAAAUGUGUGGAUUUUUUGUGACAUCACAAAAACAGUGAAUUUAUAACAGGCUGCUGCAUAUAUGGACUUUAACAGUGUUUACAUUCUAUAACAAACUCAUUUAUUUCAUAAAGCAAGGUCGUUCUCUAGGAUAUGGGCCCUUUAACUGUAAUAUAUUUUCUUUUUCUUACUAUUUUAUACCGUAUUAUCUCAUACACAGGGUAUACUGUAGCAUAUUGUAGUCUGAUGAAAUGUACAUUAUCUUGUUUUAGGUCGCCUGUCUUUUUACUUGAGUAUCUGGUAUCUGAAUUUAGGUCAAACUCACAGCUUUCACACUAAAAAUAGAGUCAAAAAGGGGAAUUUGUGCCUUUUACACAGUGCGCUUGUACUGUAUUGGACACAAAGAUGCAUUUUAUGAACUUCAUGGUUUGGUUUCAGUAAAAUGACACUGAUCUAUAGAUUUA